AUGCCUUCAAUCAAUCGCUGUGUACCAGCCCUGCGGCGGCUGCGACUCGCCAACAACGAUUUCCAGCAAUCCUCUCGUCUUCGCCUUCAAGCUGCUCGCUCCGCCUACCAACCGUUACAACGAAGAUGGCAACACGCCGAAGCCGCAACCGCCUCGUCGAAUGCCGACGAAGGCCCUCCACCUUCAAGAUCAGGUCUCAGUCAAAGCAAAAUCAAAUUCACAGCAGACUCAUAUCCCGACCUCAAGCGAGACUCCCGGUUCAAAGAGAUCAGCUCAGAAGAUGUCAAGUUCUUCAAAGACGUGUUAGGCGCCGACAAUGCGAUUAUCGAUGGCUACAGUCAAGAUGCGACCAGCGAUUUGGAGGCCUACAAUGCGGAUUGGAUGCGCAAAUAUCGGGGGCAGACACGAUUGGUAUUGAAACCGGAUUCGACUGAGCAAGUCAGCAAGAUCUUGAAGUACUGCAACGAUAACUUGAUUGCUGUCAACCCUCAGGGUGGAAACACUGGACUGGUCGGUGGCUCGGUACCUGUCUUCGACGAGAUCAUUAUCAAUCUGGGGCGGAUGAAGAAGAUUCGGUCGUUCGACGAUGUCUCAGGCAUUUUCGUUGCUGAUGCUGGAGUUGUUCUCGAGGAGGCCGAUAACUACCUUGCAGAGCAUGGACACAUCUUCCCACUGGAUCUUGGAGCCAAGGGAACAUGUCAGAUAGGAGGCAAUAUUGCGACCAACGCCGGUGGACUCCGACUACUCAGAUAUGGAAGCUUACAUGGGAAUGUAUUGGGCAUUGAAGCAGUGUUACCGGAUGGUACUAUCGUGGACGACCUAAGCAAGCUUCGCAAGAACAACACUGGAUACGACUUGAAACAGCUUUUCAUUGGUGCUGAGGGCACCAUCGGCAUCGUCACUGGAAUUUCGAUAAUCUGCCCGCAAAGGAGCCCCGCAGUAAACGUGGCAUACUUUGGACUGGAAUCCUACGAGAAAGUGCAGGACGCAUUCAAGGAAGCCAAGAAGCAACUCCAGGAAAUCCUGUCUGCAUUCGAACUCAUGGACUCGGAAUCACAAAAACUCUACAACAAAGCGUCAGGCAACAAACUCCCACUGGAGAACGAGCACGCAUUCUACUGUCUCAUCGAAACCUCGGGCUCUAACACUGACCACGACAGUGAAAAGCUCAAUGCUUUCUUGGAGCAUGUCAUGGGUGAGGAGAUUGUCGAAGACGGUGUGGUGGCGGAGAAUGAGACGCAAUUGAAGAAUCUGUGGGCUUGUCGAGAGGGUAUCUCAGAGGCCAGUCAGCACUUUGGAGGCGUCUACAAGUACGAUCUGUCAAUUCCACUCCCUCAACUUUACGACCUCAUCGUAGAGUGUCGACAGAAGUUCCAGGAGAAUGGCCUCAUGGAUCCAGAGGACGAGUCCAAGCCAGUAUUGGACGUUGUGGGAUAUGGUCACAUGGGCGACGCGAAUUUACAUCUGAACGUUGCAGUGAGGAGAUAUGACAAAGCGGUUGAGAAGACUCUCGAGCCUUGGGUGUUCGAAUGGGUGAAGGAACGCAAUGGCAGCAUUUCUGCCGAGCAUGGCCUUGGUCUCGCGAAGAAGCCCUUCAUUGGGUACAGCAGGAGUGAGAAUAUGAUCAAUUUGAUGGGGCAGAUCAAGAAGCUUUACGACCCGAACGGCAUCAUGAACCCUUACAAAUACAUAUAG